CCUCUGCCCCCUGCCCCCCCCCCCCGUGACCUCUGACCCGCGGCCGCCGCCCCCGGAAGGGCCCCGGCGAGGCGAGGCGAGGCGGGGCCGGGCCGCAGGAGGAAGCACCGGGCGGCAGCGGCACCGGCACCGCCAGUGGCCCCGGUCCCGGCCCCAGCCAUGGCGGGCAGCGAGCGGGUGCGGGACCUGCAGAGCGAGGUGGAGGGCGUCAAGACCAUCAUGACGCAGAACGUGGAGCGUAUCCUGGCGCGGGGCGAGAACCUCGACCACCUCCGCAACAAGACCGAGGACCUGGAGGCCACGUCGGAGCAUUUCAAGACGACGUCGCAGAAGGUGGCCCGCAAGUACUGGUGGAAGAACGUGAAGCUGCUCCUCAUCCUCGGCCUCGUGGGCGCCGUCAUCCUCAUCCUCAUCAUCCUCCUCGCCUCGGGCGUCAUCCCCACCUAGACGGGCCGCGCCGGGCACCCGCCCCGCGUGCCUUCGGGGGGGCCCAGGGGCCCCGCGGGUGCCCGGGCGCCGUGGCUCCCCCCCCCCCCCAUGUUUCUCCCCCUUUGCGGGCAAUACAGCGAGUCCCAACGA